CAAUGCGGCUUAAUAAAAAGACAUCCUGUUGAAACUGCGGAUUCACUCCUGUGUCGUAUCGAUCUCUCCUACGUCUCUGCGCAAGGUACUACAGAACAAGGGAAAGGGAAAGCUGUACAGAAAUUCCCAGCGGCUGUUGUCACCUCUCUCCUGUCACUCGUAUUUCGGGACGAAAAAAAGAAGAAAUCCUAACAUCAUGAAAACGAAGAUAAUUUUCUCCUGGAGACGGGAAUUUAAAGGACGAAACAUGGCAGGACUGUGGCUACAUCUGAGACCAGCACUGGAGAGACAUCGUAUAACCCUGCAGGUUUCCAGGAGCAACAGAAAAUCCCUGCACCCAGAGCAGCACAUAAGCCAUGGACGUCAGACUGGUGGCCGUCACCGUACUAGCUGUGGCAGUGAGUGGAUCUCCACAUGGAAGACGCUGCCACGUGUCCCGAUAUUUAUCCGUGUCACCCACGGAUAUCACAGCACUGAGACAGCUGCAAGGUGUAUCUGAGAAGGACUUGUCCAGCAAAGCAAUGAGAUGCUACAGGAGAAUGAUGAAACACAAGCCGUCUGUAUGUGACCUAGAGCCCAGUGACCGCCUGAUCCUGACCUUGGAGCGAGUAUCACUAGCUGCUGAUGUACUGACCAGUAUGUCUUCAUCUGCUCUGUCUGACGCUGUAUCACAGUCGCUUAUGGCUUUCCUCACACUGAGAGAUGACCUGAUGAUCUGUAGGGAGUCACCAGAAUACAGAGAACCUGCCUCCAAGCGGCUGAGGCCCUGGCUGCAACGUCUCCAACGCUUUAAGAAAGCCGCAUCUCAAGCAUGUGUCCGGAAUGCUGUGUUACUCAGCCUGCUCUCACUAAGGGUAGAAGAUGUGAGUUGUUGGGCUAUAAGAAACAUGUCUUUAAAACACAGAAAAGGAGAACGUUAGACCUCUCUCACCGAGAAAUCACAAUGUCUGCUCUUCUGCCAUUGGCGGUCAUUAUUCAGCAAUGACUUGGACAAUACAUACGAAUUGUCAUUAAUGGACUUCCUUGCACAUCCUACAAAGUGGUUCUUCUGCCAAUCAUCUUUGAUGGACCUUCAUGCUCAUCCAAACGAUGAAAGAUCAAUCCGUCUGUUACAAAACCACUAUUUAAUUUUUUAUACUCAUCUUAAUUUAUUUAAUUAUUUUUAUAAUUUAAUUUAUGAAACCUUUGCUAAGUGAUGUUAUACCUUGGUUUUCAUUUACAUACACCCAGGCCGCCUGGUGGAUGUGCUGAGAAUUGAGGAGUUGUAUUUUUGUU